AUGCACCUUUCAUUCACCCGACUCUCCCUGACGUAUCCCAUUGUCCCCACCUGGCAGAAACAAAAUGCUGACCCAGAAACCCAUCCUAACCUCACCGACAGUGAGAAGAAGAUUGAUCAGAUUGAAAGCCGCCUAGGCAAUAUCGAGGUGCUCCUCAAGAAUAUUGCCAAUCCAGCCGCACCCUUUCAGUUCUCCUACGACCCAGCGGCAGUAGGCAACACACCGCAAACUGUUAGCAGCAGUAUUCCAACUGCUGCCUCAAGCGGCGACUUUGACAGCAGUGACGAUGAAUCCGCUUACGGUGGGGAUACGGGCUUGGUUGCCCAUACAACCUUUGCCAGCGAGUUCCUUGAGAGCGCCGUGAGAAGGACGUCGCUUCGUGAAGUGAACCCUAAGAUGGCUGCCGGUCUGAAUAAUCUGAGCCAGUUGGUUGAGAUGCAAAAGCGUCGGUCAAUAAGUCAUGGUCCCCGGUUUCCUCUUCAGAAGCCAGUGCCACCAGGCGGUAUUUCAAAGCUACCCAUGCCGCCAAUGCAGGCAGUAGUGAACCUUUUAAAGCAUGCCAAAGGUGCUCCGCCAACCUUGUUCACCAUCAUGUGUUCCCUCGUCGGGCUCCCAGAUUUUACUGCCCUGUGUCGCAGGGUGUAUUUUGCGACGGAGGAGUUUUCAGAUGCCACAUUCCUCAUUGUGAAUGCUAUGCUCUACAAUCUUUUCAUGGAGCAAAAUUCACUUGCCACCGACCCCGCGGCACGGGAUGAAUACCACGCAUACAUGCGUCAGAGUCAGGCCAAUCUUGAGACUGCUCUUGCGAAUACAUCCUUAUUCCUGGCAACAAGAGUCGAAAACGUUCAAGCGUUGCUACUUGGCGCUCUCUAUGCUGUAGACGUAUCCCGCCCUUCAGUUGCAUGGCAUUUGUCCUGCAUGGCAGCUCAGCUCUGCCAGACCGGAGGGUUUCAUCGCUCGGAAUCCCUCAAGUUCGAUCCGCCAGCAACAGCCAAAUUGAAGCGGAUACUGUUUUGGCAUGUUUACACUGUUGACAAAGGUCUAGGUCUCAGGCUUGGCCGCUCCCCAGUAAUACAUGAGUGCGACAUUGACAUACCGCGCGUGUUCGAGUUUGAUGGUUUAGGGCAAGAGGAUUCGUCGACGAUCCCAACCCUUUGGAUCAAGAUGAGCUACCUGCAAAGUCGAAUAUACGAGCAAUUAUAUAGCCCGAGCGCCCUGAAGAGCCCCCCGGCAGAACUGGUGGAACGGGUGGAACGAGCAAGAGCCUUGGCUAGCGAGUGUCGAAAAUUCGAAGUGGAGGCCGACGAGGCUCGUAACCAAACGUACGACUAUCUCAAGGCGGUCAAUUCCUCUGACCUGGUCGACUUGUUCUUGCGAGGCGACGAGGUCCAGUUCCAAGUCACAUUGACACUGGUAUAUCGGGUCAUUCCUGCCCCUGAGGGCUCAGUGAGUCGCUUUUGCGACGAGUGCUUGGCAACAGCUCGAAAAGCCAUGAAGGUACACCAAGAGUGCACCAGGAGGUCUACGAUUGGCGGCUACUUCAGAUCGAUUUACAUCCACUGGUUUCUCUUUAGGAAUCUUCUGCUGACCCCGUUCGCGCCCUUCUUUGUUCUCUUUUGCUAUGUCAUUGAAACCGGCUCCCUGGAUGACCUCCGAUUACUCCAAGAAUUCGUCGACUCUCUCGACGAGGCAAGAGAUGCCUCGGAGACGAUUGAGAAACUCUACCGUCUAUGCCAGGUCAUGUGCGACGUGGCCAGCCUCUACGUGGAAGCCAAAUCCCAACAGCAACAGGACCAGACCAUGGUCCCCAUCGGCGAUGAGUUCGAAAUGUACCUCAGCCAGCUGGGCUUUAUGCCCACAGAGGACCAGGCCAUGGGAAGCACAGGUACAGGCAGCGGUCCGCCGCCACUUAGUAAUCAGGCCGCGCAAUUGGCCGACUGGUUCUCUGGCAACCGCAAUAUGAUGGGCCUCUUGGAGGAAGAUUUCAGCAGCCGCAACACCAGCAGCAACACCAGCAGCAACAGCAGGUAG